AUGAUUGGAAAGAAGAAAUAUAAAGUAAAGAUAUAAAAAUAUAACAAACUAAUAAAAUAUAUAUAUAUAUAUAUAUAUAUAUAUAUAAAUUAUUACAUAUAUAUAUAUAUAUUUAUUUAUUUUUACUAAUUAAAUAAAGUAUAUGAAGGUCCUAGAAAUUAUUUAUGGAGAAGAAAUGCCUUUCAUUUUUACGAUCCUCAUAAUAAAUUUAUAUAUUGUAUAAAUGAUUCGAAUAAUAUAUUCGAAAAAGGAAUAAGAUAUUCUUAUUUUGACACAUCUUUAUAAAAUGGAGAUUUUAAAGAAGGUAACUUGCGUUUUGCAUGUUCUACAGAAGAAAUAUAUGAAAGUUUUAUAAACUUAACAAUGUAAAUAUAAUAAGUAAAUUAUUGUACGGAAAUAUAACAUGGGGUUUUUUUAAUGCAUGCUUCAAAAAACAUUUAUACAUUAGAUUUUAAUUAUAAAUGCUUUUAUUCAUUUAGUUCUUUAAAAUAAUUAUAAAAUUAUAAAUUAAAUAAUACUAAUCAUCCCCGCUAAUAUUAAUAUACAUAUAAAAUUUUAAACUAACCUUUUGAAAUAAAAUUCUACAAUUAAUAUAACUUUGGUUCAAAUGUCACUUUUUAGUAAGGAUUGUUACAUAUUUUAGGAAGAAAGGAAAUAGAAACUGUUCUAUGUUCUUAUGAACUUUUUCCAUAAUAAGGAACUAUGGUAUUAAGAAAAUGUAAAUCUUUACAUUUCUUUGAAGAUUUAUUAUAAAGAAUUCCUAAAGAUAUACAAGAUAUUGUAACUUAUUAAUAAAAAAUAAAAACUAAUAAUAUUAAAAAUCAAAAAAACAUACUUUAUGAAUAAUAAUCUUAAAUAAAUAAAAGCUAAAAAGAUACAAAAGAUAUAAAAGAAUAAAAUAUUUAAAAAAAAAAUACAUCUAAAAACAAUAUAUAUUCAAUGCGGAAAAUUAAAAUCUAAUCAUUAAGUGAUUUUUAAAACUUUGUAAUUUUACUAGAAUAAACUAUAUAAACAAAGCAUUUAAUAGGAAUUAAAUAAUGUUAUUUAGAAUAAGAAGAAAUUUCAACUUCAUCAGUGUAGUACUAUGUUGUAUUAAUAGAAGAAUAUUGUAAAAUGAGUUUAAUGGACGAAAUAUUACAACGCUAGAAUUAACAAAAGCCAUUUAAAUCAAAACAUAUAGCUUAUAUUUUAAAAGCAGUAUUCAAGACAAUUUUAUGUCUUCAAGACAUAAGUAUAUUACACGGAAAUAUCGUACCUAAAUUUGUCUAUUACACAAAUCGAGAUGAAAUAAAAAUUGCAGGCUGGUAUUUGGAAAAUAGAAGUGAAUUCUAAAAUGAUCUUUACGAUGCUUGCACAUUAAUAUAUCAAACCGCAACAUUAAAUUUUGAUGAAAAUAGCGAUUUUGCACUUACUAAUGAUAUUUUAUAAUUAAAUAGGAAUAAACUGGAUGAAUAUCCGGGUCUUUUUUAAUUUUUGAAUAAUUGUUUGAUUAGUGCAUAACAUUAAUAGGAAUAAAUAGAUGUAGAUUAGUUAAGUAUUUAGAUAAAGGAAGUUUAUUAAUCAUUAUAAGUAAAAGAAUUAAAAGAUUUAAAGAAUGGACUUAUUUCGCUAAACAAGAGAAUAUUUUGGAUUGGAUACAAUUCGAAUUAUAUAAUUACAAAUUUUUAUGAUGAUAUUGGUUUUUGUAAAACUGAAGUUAUUUAAUAAAAUCAUAUUCCUUAUAAAUUCUCUAAAUAUAAUAUGUUUGCUUUUGAUGGAGAAACUACUAUGUAUAUUUCUGGAGCUUAAAAAGAAGAGUUUAAAUAUUAAACAUUUUAUUCUUUGGAAUUUACAUAUGUAAAUUAAUCUACAUCUAGAUUGAGAAAAUUAAAAGAUAUUCCUUUUGCGUGUUUAUCCCCUACUUUGUUGUGGCUAAACGGUUGGGUUUAUUGUAUUGGGGGAUAUGAAAUUUAGUUUGAUGGUUCGAAACAUAUUAAUAAGAAAGCUUUUAGAUAUUCAAUAAAAGAAAAUGAUUGGGAACAAUUAGCUGAUAUUCCUAUUGGAAUUGUAAACUCUACUGCUCUUUAAUCCUAGAAUGGUCAAAGCAUUUAUCUAUUAGGAGGUAUAUCGGAUGAUGUCGAAUUAAGAAGAAAAGAAUUAAAUGUUAUUAUUUAUAAUGUAGAAUAUGAUGAAUGGAGCUUGAAUGUAGACUUAUCUAUAAAAAGUCCCUUUGUAAAUAAUAGGUUUAUUAAACCUGUGGUGGAUUAAAUUGGGUUUAAUAUUUUUCUUACUGUUUAAAGAUCUUCUGAUAAAAUCAUUAUAAGAUUUUUUGAACUUGAAAAAGGAGGAAUAAAUCUAAAAUUCAUUAUUGAUGAUGAAAGGGAUAAACUAUUAAAAGAUUAAAUUAAAGAUUAAGAUGUAUUUAAUGAAUAUAAAGGUUUAGAAUAUUAUUAAGCUUUCUAAGAUGAAUUAAGUAUGAUUUUUAUCAAGGAUACUAUGUAUUUCUUUGAUGAGUUAACUAAGAAUCUUGUAAAAGUUAUCUUUGAUAAUUAUAUAAAUGUAAGAAUUGAAAAAUAACCUUGUGGGAUUAUAGGAAAAGAAAAAAUUGAACAUGAUUAAGUUUCUUAUAAUGAAAAUCAAUCUAAUGAAAGCUUUUAUUUUAAUGGAGAUUAUUUUAGUUGA